GGGGAAAGGGUUUUCCGUAAACUUAAAAGCACAGCAGUCUUCUCUGCGCUGUCACCCGCGUAACCCGCACGCUGAUUCCAAAGCGGUUACGCCGGCGGCGCAAGAGGGCCGGGCUGCGCGGCGCUACGCCGGCGGCGCUAGCGAGCCGAGCCGGUGGCGUAAGUCCGCAGGCGGGGCCGCUCCCGACGGGCGGGGGCGGGGUUGGUGAAUAGGGAAGUGGCGCAAAUUCGUGGAUCGCUCCGCAGAGUCUGUUCGUCGAAGCCGCCUCCGCCGCCGCCCCCUGUCCCGGCCCCCCCCCUGGGUUCCCUCAGCCCAGCUCGGUCCAGCCCGGUUCUCGGGAGAAUGAAGUUCGUGUACAAAGAGGAGCAUCCGUUCGAGAAGCGCCGUUCUGAGGGCGAGAAAAUCCGAAAGAAAUAUCCAGACCGGGUCCCGGUGAUAGUGGAAAAAGCUCCCAAAGCUCGGAUAGGAGAUCUGGACAAAAAGAAAUACCUGGUGCCUUCUGAUCUUACAGUUGGUCAAUUCUACUUCUUGAUCCGGAAGCGAAUUCAUCUCCGCGCUGAGGAUGCCUUGUUUUUCUUUGUCAACAACGUCAUUCCACCCACCAGUGCCACGAUGGGGCAGCUGUACCAGGAACACCAUGAAGAAGACUUCUUUCUAUACAUUGCCUACAGUGAUGAAAGCGUCUACGGUCUGUGAAGCUGCUGUACCAGAGGUGGGGGCUCCAUUCUGCAAAGAGAGGUGGCUCUCCUUCCUUGACAUCCGCUUCCUCCUUCAGUCGAAAACACCAUCUCCUUUCUUCAGGACCUGCACUUAAUGUUUGAGGCUGUCUCUCCAGACCUCUCCCAGGAGGGGUGAUGGCAGACCCAGCUUCUGUACAUCUCCUCCCCGUUUGCCCUGUUCCCACUCCGCUUUACACUUCUGAUUGUCGGUCUCUGUCACAUCUGAUUGUUUGGUUUCUGUUCCCUUUCUAACUGCCCACUGGGCUCAGAACCCCAACAGUCCCUUCCUCUCACCGCCUUCUUUUUGGUGGGGUAGAUGGAAGGGGUUGACGUGGGGGGAGGGAGGGGAGGCACACCAAUAAAGAAGAAACCACCGAGCUGAAUUGAA